AUGGGAGAAGAAGAUGUUCAAGCUUUAGUUGUUGACAACGGAUCAGGUAAUGUAAAAGCAGGAGUUGCAGGAGAUGAUGCACCUCGUUCCGUUUUUCCAAGUAUAGUAGGAAGACCAAAGAAUCCAGGAAUUAUGGUUGGUAUGGAAGAAAAAGAUGCAUUUGUUGGUGAUGAAGCACAAACCAAGAGAGGUAUAUUAACAUUAAAGUAUCCAAUAGAACAUGGUAUUGUUACGAAUUGGGAUGAUAUGGAAAAAAUAUGGCAUCACACUUUUUACAAUGAAUUAAGAGCUGCUCCAGAAGAACACCCAGUGUUAUUAACAGAAGCUCCUUUAAAUCCAAAAGGAAAUCGUGAGAGGAUGACACAAAUUAUGUUUGAAUCUUUUAAUGUACCAGCUAUGUAUGUUGCUAUUCAAGCUGUUUUAUCCUUAUAUUCUUCUGGUCGUACUACUGGUAUUGUGUUAGAUAGUGGAGAUGGUGUAUCUCAUACUGUUCCAAUAUAUGAAGGUUAUGCCUUACCACAUGCAAUUAUGAGAUUAGAUUUAGCUGGUAGAGAUUUAACUGAAUAUUUAAUGAAAAUUCUUCAUGAAAGAGGUUAUGGAUUUUCAACAUCAGCAGAAAAAGAAAUUGUUAGAGAUAUUAAAGAGAAAUUAUGUUAUAUUGCAUUAAAUUUUGAUGAAGAAAUGAAAACAUCUGAACAAAGCAGUGAUAUUGAAAAAUCAUAUGAAUUACCAGAUGGAAACAUUAUUACUGUAGGUAAUGAAAGAUUUAGAUGUCCAGAAGCUUUAUUCCAACCAUCCUUCUUAGGAAAAGAAGCAGCAGGAAUCCACACAACUACUUUCAACUCUAUUAAAAAAUGUGAUGUGGAUAUUCGUAAAGAUCUUUAUGGAAAUAUCGUUUUAUCUGGAGGUACUACUAUGUAUGAAGGUAUAGGAGAAAGAUUAACUAGAGAUAUUACAACCCUCGCACCAUCAACCAUGAAAAUUAAAGUUGUUGCACCACCAGAGAGAAAAUACUCAGUCUGGAUAGGAGGUUCUAUUUUAUCAUCUCUUUCUACCUUUCAACAAAUGUGGAUCACAAAAGAGGAAUACGAUGAAUCAGGACCAAGUAUUGUCCACAGAAAAUGUUUCUAA